AUGGAAAUUACAUGUCCUACAGUGGUGAUUGGCCAUGAGGGCAGCAUCCUGCUAUGGUAUCUUCCAAAUGCCAUCAGCCAAGCCUAUCAGCAGUCAGAAGUUUGGAAUUCUCUUGGACUGCUCAGCAUUCCACUUCAAUGUAGCCUGAAGUCAAAUGGAAUGGGAGGAUGGCAGAACAAUGGGGAAAACUUUCACAAUAAUGCAAAUCUUAAAGGCACCAUCAACCUCUCACCCACAUGGUUUCAACAAGGCAAUGAUGCACAUCACCCCAAAGCAUCACUACUCUUACAGUCAACACCACAAUUGAAGGAGGUAUGUGAAUGGCUGCAGUGCAUGGCUGGGCUACAAGCUGUCCUAUUGGGUGCACUGUGUAUCAUGCACCCAAAAAUGUACCUGCAUGGAUGGGAGGCAAUCACACAACUCAGAUCAAAGGCUGCCACAUGGCAGGAUGAAGAUAUGGAGGCUGUCUUGCCAAUGUGGAAGUUGGUCUACAGUUCCAUGUCAGUAAUGGUGAAUCACACCUCACCUGCACAUAAAGAUAUGAAUGGCCAGAAGGUAUGGCUGGAUACCUUGCUUACUGUCAGCAACUAUCUGUGGCUCCACUUCUUGUUCCUGGAGCUCAGAAUAUGGCUGCAGUACAAUCUGGGCACCAUAAUUGCACUUGCAGGUUCAGCAUUGGUUCACCAAGUUGACAGUGUAGAUGGUGAUCAGGAAUGCCUGGCAUAUUACAUGUGA